ACAGGUGAAAAUCCUUUCUCAUGUGGGACUUGUGGAAAGAGUUACAGACAAAAAAUGACUUUAACUAGGCAUAUGAGAAUUCACACAGGUGAGAAGCCUUUCACUUGUUCAACCUGUGGAAAGAGUUUCAGUGUAAAAGCGAAUUUAACUGCGCAUAUGAGAAUUCAUACAGGUGAGAAGCCUUUCUCAUGUGGGACUUGUGGAAAGAGUUACAGACAAAAAACGACUUUAACUAGGCAUAUGAGAAUUCACACAGGUGAGAAGCCUUUCAUUUGUUCAACCUGUGGAAAGAGUUUCAGUGACAGAGUUACUUUAACUCGGCAUAUGAGAAGUCACACAGGUGAGAAGCCUUUCUGGUGUGAGACCUGUGGAAAGAGUUUCAGUGUCAGAGGGACUUUAACUCGGCAUAUGAGAAUUCAUACAGGUGAGAAGCCUUUCACUUGUGGGACCUGUGGAAAGAGUUUCAAUGUAAAAACGGCUUUAACUCAGCAUAUGAUAAUUCACACAGGUGAAAAUCCUUUCUCAUGUGGGACUUGUGGAAAGAGUUACAGACAAAAAAUGACUUUAACUAGGCAUAUGAGAAUUCACACAGGUGAGAAGCCUUUCACUUGUUCAACCUGUGGAAAGAGUUUCAGUGUAAAAGCGAAUUUAACUGCGCAUAUGAGAAUUCAUACAGGUGAGAAGCCUUUCUCAUGUGGGACUUGUGGAAAGAGUUACAGACAAAAAACGACUUUAACUAGGCAUAUGAGAAUUCACACAGGUGAGAAGCCUUUCAUUUGUUCAACCUGUGGAAAGAGUUUCAGUGACAGAGUUACUUUAACUCGGCAUAUGAGAAGUCACACAGGUGAGAAGCCUUUCUGGUGUGAGACCUGUGGAAAGAGUUUCAGUGUCAGAGGGACUUUAACUCGGCAUAUGAGAAUUCAUACAGGUGAGAAGCCUUUCUCAUGUGGGACCUGUGGAAAG